AUGGGUAGUAUGAUUGGAUGUGAUCAAUCAAUCAACAUUGUUCGUCAAACUCAAAAUGUUAAUACAUUUACAACACCUCUAAAGCAUAACACAACCAUACAAUACUGCCCUUCCUUUACAGAUGUUAGAACUCCAUUUUCUAACAUUACAAAUGUUAUAAAUCCGUUAUCUAACAAUAGAAAUGAUAUCAUAAGUUUCGAUAAAUAUACCACUUCCAAGUUAGCAAACAAAAGACAGUACCAUGUACUUUCAAAUGAAAUGACAUCAAAAAAUGCAUCCACAGUAACAACUUCUUCAUCAUCAAUCAAAAGAUGUAGAAAAAUACAUCAAGUGAACAAUGAAAAUCUUAUAGUUGGUAUCUCAAAUGAAUAUUUGGAUCAUGGUGAUCAAGUUGUUGUAUGUCAAACAUGUCGUGCAAAGUUAUGGAGAAAUGAAUCCAUUAGAGGUAAAGAAAAGGGAAACACGGAUUAUUCAUUAUGUUGUGGUUACGGCAAAGUUCAACUUCCAGAUUUAAAGAAUGCACCCCCGACUUAUGAAAGAAUGUUCCGAAAUAUGGACUCAAAAAGCAAACAUUUCAUGAAAAACAUUCGACGUUACAAUUCAAUGUUUUCUUUCACGUCAAUGGGUGGUAAAAUUGAUUCUUCAAUCAAUAGAGGAAACGCUCCAUACAUUUUCAGAUUGGGUGGUCAAAAUUAUCAUAGUAUUGGAAGUCUUUUGCCAGCAAAAGGAUCGGAACCAAAAUUCUCUCAGUUAUACAUUUAUGACACUGACAACGAAAUUACAAAUAGACAAAGAUGUUUUUGUGGUGAAAAGGAUCAAUCAACAUCAACUGAUAGUGAUAUUAUUGAAGAUAUUAAGGUGAUGUUGGAUUCAAAUAAUGUGUUGGUUAGAUCUUAUAGGAUGGUAAGAGAUGCUUUUCAGAAAAAUCCAGAAGUUGAUAUGAAAUUACGACUUAUUGGGAGAAGGGAGCAAGAUGGAAGAACAUAUAACCUACCGACUGCUUCUGGGGUUGCUGCUUUAAUAAUUGGUGACAUUUCGGAUUCAAUCGAGAAGAGGGAUAUCGUCGUUCAAACAAAAAAUGGUUGUCUACAACGUAUCAGUGAAUUGCAUCCUUCGUAUCUUUCUCUCCAAUAUCCAUUGCUAUUUCCAUAUGGGGAUGAUGGUUAUAGUGUUGACAUUCUUCAUAGAGGUGUGUCAUUUACGAACAACAGCAAGCGUGCGAAAUGUACAAUGAGAGAAUAUUUCGCUUAUAGGAUUCAAGACAGAGAUCAUUCGUUUUCUCUCAUACUUAAUUCAAGAAGGUUGUUUCAACAAUUUCUGGUAGAUGCCUACACUAUGAUGGAAACGGAGAGAAUGUACUACAUACGUAGGCAACAACAUGUUCUUAGAUGUGAUUCUUAUGAAAAUUUACGUAACCAAAAAGCUCAAGGAACGACUGAUAUCUCGAAUGUCGGCCAACGUGUCAUAUUACCUUCAUCCUUUACCGGAGGUGCACGUUAUAUGCUGCAAAACUAUUUGGAUGCCAUGUCACUAUGCAAAUGGUUUGGAUAUCCUGAUUUCUUCAUAACCUUUACGUGUAAUCCCAAAUGGCCUGAGAUUAAAAGGUUUCUUAAGGAUACUUCACUUCAACCAGAAGACAUGCCUGAUAUACUAUGUAGGUUGUUCAAGAUCAAGCUUGAUGCAUUCAUUAAAGACUUGAGGGAUAAUCAAAUUUUCGGCAAAGUUCAAGCAUAUGUUUAUACAAUUGAAUUCCAAAAAAGAGGUUUGCCGCAUAGUCAUAUAUGUCUAUUCAUGCAUUCUGACAACAAGCUACCAACUGUUGAAAUUAUCGAUCCGAUAAUUUCAGCAGAGAUACCAGACAGAAUCGAAGAUCCUGAAUUGUAUUCACUUGUAAAUGAGUUUAUGGUUCAUGGUCCAUGUGGAGCUGAAAAUAUGAAUUGUCCAUGCAUGGUGGAUAAAAAGUGCUCUAAAAACUUUCCAAAACAAUUCAGUAAUCAUUCGUCUGUAGAUCAGAAUGGUUUUCCGUUAUAUAGGCGAAGAAACGAUGGUCAUUUUGUAGAAAAAUCAGGUGUAAGGUUGGAUAAUAGAAAUGUUGUUCCAUACAACAAAUAUCUAUUGAAAAGAUAUCAGGCACAUAUUAAUAUUGAAUGGUGCAAUCAGGGAUCUUCUAUAAAGUAUUUGUUUAAAUACAUAAAUAAGGGUCCUGAUAGAGCUACAGUUGCUGUUGUACCAACCAACAAUGAAUGUGAAAAUAAUGAUGCGGUCAAUGAAAUAGCUGAAUAUUACGAUUGUAGAUAUUUAUCAUCAUGUGAAGCAUCAUGGCGAAUUUUUACAUAUGAUAUUGUAUAUGGUGAAGACGAUGAUAUUGAUGAUGUUCUUGACAAACCUUCUGUUGCGGCUUCAAAGUUCACAGCUUGGAUGGAAUGUAAUGCAAUCGACAGUGAAGCACGAAAACUCACAUAUGUUGAAUUCCCUACAAAGAUUCUUUUAAAUAAAGUAAAAGGACCAACAUCAUUUGAUGAUAUUCGCACGGUAAAUGGUCAAACACAUUCUUCUUUUAGAGAUGCUUGUUAUGCACUCGGGCUAUUAGAUGAUGACAAGGAAUACAUUGAUGCAAUUAAAGAAGCAAGUCAUUAUGGAUCUGAAUUGUCACUCGGAGUAGAUGAACUUAAGAACUUAACUUUGUUCGAAAUACAACAAAUUUUACUUCGAAACAACUCUACACUCAAAAACUUCAAAAACAUGCCAUACCCAGAUGUUGAAUCCGUUUCUUCUUCAAACAAUCGGCUUAUCACCGAGGAGCUAGAUUACGACGUUCCCGUGAUAAAGAAUGACUAUGAUCGUAUGUUUCUUGCAUUAACAAAUGAGCAACGUAAUAUUUUCCUAAACAUCAUGAGUGCUAUUCAAGAAAAUAAAGGAGGUGUCUUCUUUGUUUACGGUUAUGGUGGAACGGGUAAAACUUUUUUAUGGAAAACAAUAUCUGCAGCAAUUAGAUCUGAAGGAAAUAUUGUAUUAAAUGUUGCUUCAAGCGGUAUUGCUUCCUUAUUAUUGUCUGGUGGUAGAACAGCACACUCUCGAUUUAUAAUUCCAUUUGAGCUUACAGAUGAUUCUUUUUGUAACAUAAAUCCAGACGGUGAGUUGGCAAGCUUAAUAAGAAAAACCUCUUUAAUAAUUUGGGAUGAAGCACCUAUGGUCCAUAAGCAUGCAUUUGAAGCUUUAGAUCAAACUUUUAAGGAUUUACUAAGGUGCGUAAAUUCAACAAUCUCAAAUAUUCCAUUUGGAGGGAAAGUUAUUGUCUUUGGAGGAGAUUUUAGACAGAUUCUACCUGUUGUUCCGGGUGGCAGUAGACAGAACAUUGUAAAUGCUUCUUUGAGUUCUUCAUAUUUAUGGGAACAUUGCAAAGUCCAUAGAUUAACAAAAAACAUGAGGCUAACUGUUGGAAGGGAUCAAUCAGAUAUAGGAAAAAUAAGAGAUUUUGCAAAUUGGUUGUUGGAUAUAGGAGAAGGAAAACUUGGUGGUCCGAACGACGAGAACUAUAGCGAUAUAAAUUAUUUCCAAGAAAGAGCGAUACUUGCUCCGAAAAAUGAAGUUGUCCAGGAAAUAAACGACCGUUUGCUUAAGAAGUUUCCAGGAGAUGAAGUUGAAUAUUUAAGUUCAGACAGCAUAUGUGAAUCCGAAUUUCUCCAUGAUCAAUUUGAUGCAAAUCUAUACUCUCCUGAUGUAUUAAAUGGUCUCAAAGUAUCCGGUUUACCAAAUCAUAAGUUAGUUUUAAAAAUUGGUGUUCCUGAGAAAUAUUGA